UCAGCUGCGUCCAAUCACAGCUGAUCACUGAUGAUCAGUGUGCCCUGAUGAUCAGUGUGGCCCCAGAAGUGCCACCUGUCAGUGCUCAUCAGUGCCACGUGCCAGUGCCCAUCAGUGCCACGUGCCAGUGCCACAUCAAUGCCACAUAUCAGUGCAUACCAGUGCACAUCAAUACCACAUAUCAGUGCCCAUCUGCGCUGCCUUUCAAUGUCACCCAUCAGUGCCAGUCAGUGCCUCCUAUCAAUGCCACCUAUCAGUGCUGCCAAUCAGUGCCACCUAUCAGUGCCAGUCAGUGUCACCUAUCAGUGCGCAUCAGU